AUGACCAUGGCCUACAAUGGAACAGGGUUUUUGCGCAACUGCACGCCGCCGGCCAUUGACGACUUCCCGGCGGGGUUUUUUACCGAGCAACAGCGUCAGCACGGUGCCAUCGUCCUGCACGCAUUCAUCUCUAUUUACCUCUUCGUGGCACUGGCGGUAGUCUGCGAUAAGUUCUUCGUGCCUGCAGUUGAUAGAAUAUGCCACGCAUUAAACAUGACUAAUGACGUGGCUGGGGCUACGUUUAUGGCGGCGGCCACGUCGGCACCGGAGCUCUUCGUGAACGUUAUAGGGACGUUCAUUACGGAGGGGGACAUCGGUGUUGGCACCAUUGUCGGCUCUGCCGUCUUCAACAUCCUCGCUGUUGCUGCUUGCUGCGGCAUCGGCGCGGGCAUGGUGGUUCCUCUGGACUGGUGGCCACUGACGCGUGACUGCUUGGCAUAUGGUAUUACGGUGUCCAUACUUAUAUGCAUAAUGCAUGACGAGUAUGUGCAAUGGUACGAGGCGUUCCUGCUCGUGUCACUCUAUGGCGUGUACCUUUGCAUCAUGUAUUAUGACAAGUCUAUACAAAACUUUACCAAAGCAAGUUGGAAAUAUGUGUCAGCAAUGAUGAAUAAAAACGAUGAAAAACAGGACAAUUCUCAUGCUGUCGGGAGUGAACUUAACGAAUCUAAAAUCUCUGCAUCGCCCAGUAAGAACGAGCCGGCUGUGGAUCAUUUUCAGCAUAACGGGAACAUCAAAUGCAUUACAUUGUACGCGGAUGAUAGUGAUAAGAAAUCUGAAAUAGUUGAGGAAGAGGACAAUAAUGUCAAUAUUAAAGUGGACUCAAAGCCAAGUGAAACUGAGAUCGUUUCACAAGAUGAAAAUGCUCACAAUGAUAAUAUAGAAGAGGGGAACAAUAAUAAAACAGAUGAAUAUGAGCAUUCUCUUUGGAAAUGGCCAUCUGGAAGAAGCGUACUCACAAAGAUAACCUGGAUAAUAACCUGGCCAAUCCACCUGGUAUUUAUGUUUACGAUACCUGACUGCGAAAAGCCCCGCUUCAAGAGCUGGUUCCCUCUCACGUUUAUGAUGUGUAUCGUGUGGAUAGGAUCCUUGUCUUACAUUGUCGCGUGGAUGAUCACUAUUAUUGGUGACACUUUAAUGAUUCCGGAUUCUGUGAUGGGAAUAACGUUUCUUGCCGCUGGUACGUCAGUUCCAGAAGCCGUUUCGAGCGUCAUAGUUGCAAAACAAGGUCAUGGUUCUAUGGGUAUCAGUAAUUCUAUUGGUUCGAAUACGUUCGACAUUCUGUUAUGUCUUGGAUUGCCAUGGCUAAUUAAGGCUUCACUUACUCCAGCUGAGCCUGGCAAUUAUUGGGUCAAGAUAAAUUCAAUGGGACUGGAGUACUCAGCGAUAUCCCUCCUGUCGACGCUUCUGAUGCUCUAUCUGACGUUUUGGUUCAACAAGUUCAAGCUGGACGCGGCAGUGGGGCGCGCGUGUCUUGCCAUGUACGCCUUGUUUCUAGUGCUGGCUACACUGAUUGAACUGAACGUGUUCUUCCCGGUUAACGUGCGCACGUGCAAAAGAACCGAAAUGAAAUCUUAA